UAAUUUGCUGUCUUGACCUUGACAAUUUACGUGAAACGUCUAUGAGUAUGUAUGGUUUGUGGUCUUGACCUUGACAAUUUACGUGAACGUGAAACGUCUAUGCGUGAUGCGUCUAUGCCAUGCCCUGGAAUCUUAUAUGAACAAACUGGGGAAUUUCCCCCAUCACUUUCACUACGGUCAGCUAAUAAAGAGAAAUGACAGCCUAUCUCGCUCACGAAGACUUUAACCAAUCAUUUAUGUUAACGCCAUAUCUGAAUGUCACAAAUAAAAUAAUCAAACGAGGCUUAACUCGGCAAUGUCAAUUCUGUCAAAAGUAAUGACAAUGAAAGUUAGUGGAAAUAAUUUUCCAUUAGUUUACAGUUUUUAUUGUAUUAUCUUUAACGAUUUGUUCUUAGUAAUUUCAAUUUAAGUUGGUUCCUUAUCCUUCGUUGAUAAAGUGUAGUUUUGUUUUAGUUACGAAACGAAAGAAGUUUUGUGUUGUGUUAAUAAAAAAACUGAACAUGGUUUAUUAUUGUUGUGUACGGUUGUGUACAAAUCAUAGAAAAGUUAGAAAAAUGCAUAGAUAGGUAAAUAGUAAUUAGUUUAUAACUGUUUUAUCUGAAACGAAACAACAAAUAAAUACACGUAGGUACCUAUAUUUACAAAAACAUUGUCUAACUUUUUUUAUAUCCCUUUUCCUUACUAAAUUUGACAGCAAAAAUAACAUAUACAUUUUGUAACUUGGGAAUUCCGAAUAAGUUAUAAGUAGUACUUAGAUAUUAUUUAAAUAAAAUACUUUAACAAGCUUUGUAAGUUCUGGUAUUUUAUUUUAAUAAUAUAGGUGAGAUUAUUUCUCGUAAAAUAAGAAGAUAUUUUAAUUAGUAACAAAAGGGCCCGCAAGAGGCGCUGAACGGAUGAAAUUAAUGCUUGUCCAUUUAAAUUUCCCGCCAAAUGGUGAUUAGUUAACACUACGGUCGCAUGUGGCGAAAGGAACCAAAUUUUUACAGUGAGUUGCCUAUCUAUCCGGUAAUACUAUAUUAUUUAUCUAUGCGUCUAUGCCUUAAAUCUUUAGGAGGCUGUAGUUAUGUUCAUUUUUUCUCGACAUUUUUCAUCAUUUUCAAUUUUUCAUUUUCAUUGCACAUUAUUGCACUCACACAACACUUUUUUCUAUGAUUGCACUGGAACAGUGGAAAUAGACAUGGAAAUAAAACAAGCUAGUGCAGCUAGUGGGAAAACUUGUAAAAUAGAAAUAGAUAAUGCCGCGUGUGAUGACAUCAAAAUUGAAAUUAAGGAAGAGCCCAAGACAGAAAGUAUCUAUAAUGCAUUUGAUUAUUUAGACUUAAACGAAUUCCCCAUAAAGACGGAAGUAGAACAAGAUGAAUAUAAAUUUACACCAUUUGAAGAAAAACCAAUAACAAAUAAUGAAGAAAGUUGUAUUCAGGAGGAGAACAAAAUGAAAAUUAUGGAAAACUUUUUUGAGCAUUCAUCACACACAGGACAUUAUUUGGGGAAAAAGGAAGGAACAGACGAAGCAAAAACAGUAGAUAAAGAUAUAAAAGUUAAGACUGGACAUAGACCUUAUAAAUGUGAAAUUUGUCUUAAGCAAUUUGGUCUUAAAGGUUCUUUAUCCAAACAUUUGCGAACACAUGCUGAAGAAAAACCGUACAAGUGUGAAAUUUGUUUUAAACAGUUUAGUGAAGCAGGUAAUUUCACAAACCAUUUGAGAGUGCACACUGGAGACAAACCAUACAAGUGUGAAAUUUGUUUUAAGCAGUUCUCUCUUAAAGGUUCUUUAUCCAAACAUUUGCGAACACACGCUGAUGACAAACCGUACAAGUGUGAAACGUGUUUUAAACAGUUUAGUCAAGCAGGUCAUUUCAGAAACCAUUUGAGAGUGCACACUGGAGACAAACCAUACAGGUGUGAAAUUUGUUUUAAGCAGUUUCGUCUUAAAGAUUCUUUAACGAAACAUUUGCGAACACAUGCUGAAGACAAACCUCACAAAUGUGAAACUUGUUUUAAACAGUUUAGUGAAAUAGGUAAUUUCAGAAACCAUUUGAGAGUGCACACUGGAGACAAACCAUACAGGUGUGAAAUUUGUUUUAAGCAGUUUCGUCUUAAAGGUUCUUUAUCCAAACAUUUGCGAACACACGCUGAAGACAAACCAUACAAGUGUGAAACGUGUUUCAAACAGUUUAGUGAAGUAGGUAAUUUCAAAAACCAUUUGAGAGUGCACACUGGAGACAAACCUUACAAGUGUGAAAAUUGUUUUAAGCAGUUUCGUCUUAAAUAUUCUUGGUCCAAACAUUUGCGAACACAUGCUGAAGACAAACCGUACAAGUGUGAAACUUGUUUCAAACAGUUUAGUGAAGCAGGUAAUUUCAGAAACCAUUUGAGAGGACACACUGGUGACAAACCAUAUAAGUGUGAAAUUUGUUUGAAGCAGUUUGGUCUUAAAGAUUCUUUAUCCAAACAUUUGCGAACACAUGCUGAAGACAAACCGUACAAGUGUGAAACGUGUUUUAAACAGUUUAGUGAAGCAGGUAAUUUCAGAAACCAUUUGAGAGGACACACUGGUGACAAACCAUAUAAGUGUGAAAUUUGUUUGAAGCAGUUUGGUCUUAAAGAUUCUUUAUCCAAACAUUUGCGAACACAUACUGAAGAUAAACCGUACAAGUGUGAAACCUGUUUUAAACAGUUUAGUGAAGCAGGUAAUUUGAAAAAGCAUUUGAGAGUACACAAUGGGGACAAACCAUACAAGUGUGAAAUUUGUUUGAAGCAGUUUGGUUUUAAAGAUUCUUUAUCCAAACAUUUGCGAACACACGCUGAAGACAAACCGUACAAGUGUGAAACUUGUUUUAAACAGUUUAGUGAAGUAGGUAAUUUCAAAAACUAUUUGAGAGUGCACACUGGAGACAAACCACACAAGUGUGAAAUUUGUUUUAAGCAGUUUGGCCUUAAAUCUACUUUAACGAAACAUUUGCGAAUACACACUGAAGAAAAACCGUACAAGUGUGAAACUUGUUUAAAGCAGUUUAUUACUACAAGUGAUUUGAAGAGACAUUUGAGAAUACACACUGGAGAGAAACCGCACAAGUGUGAAAUUUGUUUUAAGCAGUUUUCUCAACAAGUUACGUUGAAAAGACAUUUGAUCAGGCACACUGGGGAAAAACUUCACAAGUGUGAAAUUUGUUUUAAACGGUUUAGUGAAUCAACUCAUUUGAAAACACAUUUGAGAAUACACACUGGAGAACAACCUUACAAGUGUGAAAUUUGUUUAAAGAGGUUUACUACAGCAAGUGAUUUGAAAAGACAUUCGAGAACGCACACUGGAGAAAAACACCACAAAUGUGAAAUUUGUUUUAAACAAUUUAGGGAGACAAGUACUUUGAAAACACAUUUGAGAGUACAUACUGGAGAAAAACCUCACAAGUGUGAAAUUUGUUCAAAGCAGUUUGCUACAAAAGGUCAGUUAAAGGCGCAUUUGAAAGUACACACUGGAGAAACGCCUUACACAUGUGAAACUUGUUUAAAGCAGUUUUUUUCUAAAUGUAAUUUGAAAAGGCAUUUGAGAAUUCACACUGGAGAAAAACUUCACAAGUGUGAAAUUUGUCUUAAACAGUUUAAUCAAGCAGGUAAUUUAAAAAUACAUUUGAGAGUGCACACUGGGGAAACCCCCACAAUAUAGCGACCCACAGAAAACCCUACAAGUGUGAAAUGUGUUUAAAGUAGUUUACUACAAAAACUAAGUUAAAGGAUCAUUUGGGAAUGAACAGUGAAGGAAAACCUCAUCAUCAUCAUCAGUAGCUCGAAAACCUUUUUUGGGUCCUGACUUGUUCUAAGAUUUUCCACCAUUCUGUUCUGUUCCUUGCUUUGUUUUUCCAGUUGGUAAUCUUAAAUGUUUUCAGAUCUUGUUCCAUGUAUCUAAGUUCUCCCUACUGGUGUCUGCCUCAUUAUAUGUUUUGGUGUUUCAGUCUCCAACAUCCGUUCAACAUGGCCCAUCCAGCGCAGAGGUCCGAUCUUUAUGGAUGUUAUGACUUCGGGUUCCUUGUAUGCUGAUUAUAGUUCAAAAUUAUAUCUUCUGCGUCAUACGUCAUUAUCUUUCACCCCUUAUAUAUGUGUUUAAGUUCUAAGUCUAAUUUUUUAAACGUACCUAAUAGGUUCUCAUAGCUUUUCGACAGUGUCCAUGUCUCUGAUCCAUAUAUAAAGACCGGUUUUAUCAGGGUUUUGUAUAUUUUGCAUUUGGUUUUUCUUGUGAUGUUGUUAGAUCUUAGAUGUAUAUAUAAUAUAUGUAUGUCUGAAUUGCCGAUAUAAAUGAGUAAGAUUAAAUAAAUUAUUAGAAGAAUUUUUUACUAAGCAACAACAUUUUUGUUUAAUUUAGCAGUAUUUUGUAUUUUGACAACGACACCCGACUUGGGCGUCGAAACGUUAAUAAAAUGAAUCGGUCAAUUCAAUUUUUUUUCAAUUUAAUUGUGGCUUAUUUCCCAUCUAAAU